CCCCCCCGUUCCUCUCUAUCAGGUCCCAGGCGCAGGGGCGCCCGCCAGUUCCGGCUCCGUUCUGAGGCCCCCGCGCUGCACCCAUGAGACGCGCCGCCCGCGGCCCGGGGCCUGCCCCGCGCCGGCUCCCCGCGCCCCGCCUCCCGGCCUGGCUGCUCCUGCUCCUGCUCCCGGGGCUGCGGGCAGGCGGCGAGGCCCAGAGCCUGGACUACCAGCCGCUGUGCAGUUAUACAUGGGAAGCAAUUGAUAUAGAUAAACAUGUGCGUUAUAAAAUAAAUCCCUGUGGUGGCAUUGAAGACUGUAGUGGAUCAAGUGCAGUCUGUGCAUAUGACCUGAAUAAAAAGGUCUAUCUGUCAGUAGGUGACUCCUCUUUGAAAAGAAGUUCUCAAUCACUUCUUGAGUUCAACACGACAACGCCCUGUUCGCAGCAAGGCGCUCAACAUGUUGUUCAAAGCAACAUUAACUUCCUUUGUGGGAAGACUCUGGGAUCCCCAGAACUUGUUACUGCAACUGAGUGUGUGCACUAUUUCGAAUGGAGGACUUUUAUUGCUUGCAAGAAAGACUCAUUUAAAGCCAAGAAAGAGGUACCAUGCUACGUUUUUGAUGAUUUGAAGAAACAUGACUUGAAUCCACUGAUCAAGACUUCAGGAGGCUACUUGGUGGAUGACUCAGAUGACGAUUCCUUGUAUAUAAACGUCUGUAGAGACCUAGGAAGCUCAAGCAGCGAAACCAGAAGUUGUCCUGUGGGUAGUGCUGCAUGCUUGUUAAGUGGAGGCCAUGCUUUUGAUGUUGGCAGUCCUCAAGAACAGCUGAAACUGCGUGACAAAGACAGGCUUGUACUGAGUUAUGAGAAAACAUACAGUGAAGAAGAGAAGCCAAAUUUCUGUCUUGGCCAUAAUCCAGCAGUGACUAUUACUUUUGUGUGCCCAUCAAAGAGAAGAGGAGAGCGCACGGGUCCCAAACUCACUGCCAAGCUCAACUGCCGGUAUGAAAUUGAAUGGGUCACUGAAUAUGCCUGUCACAGGGAUUACCUGGAAAGUAGGAACUGUAGUCUGACCAGUGAACAGCAUGAUAUCUCCAUUGAUUUGACACCACUCACUCAGCAACAAAGCUAUGUCACACCAUAUAUGGCUAAAGAUGAAAAAGAAGAGUAUUACUAUUACUUAAAUAUUUGUGAGAAAACCACUGCAGGCAACUGCAAGGAUGCCACUGGAUAUGUUUCAUCUUGCCAAGUAAAGUCUCAGAGUAACCAGCAAAAAGUGGCAGGAAAAUUUAAGAACCAAACCCUCAGGUACUCUGAUGGGGAUCUCACUCUAACAUACCCAGAUGGAGAUGCAUGCAGCUCUGGCUUUCAUCGAAUGACUGUCAUAAACUUUGAGUGCAAUGAGACUGCAGGUAACGAAGGAAAAGGGGCCCCAGUGUUCACUGGGGAGGUGGACUGCACAUAUUUCUUCACUUGGGAUACUAAAUACGCCUGUGUUCGGGAAAAGGAAGACCUCCUUUGCAGAGUUGCUGAUAAGAAGAAACUAUAUGAUUUGUCACCUCUGAUUCGCAGUUCAGAGUCAGCGCAGAAUUGGGAAGCUGUGGACAGCAGUCCCGUCGAAGCAGACAAGAAACACUUUUUCAUCAAUGUCUGUCAUAAAGUACUUCAGAAAGGAGCAGCUAUUGUCUGCCCAGAUGAUGCAGCUGUUUGCUCUGUUGAUAAAAAUAACAAGCCUAAAAAUCUAGGAACGUUCAUGUCUUCUCCCAAAAAAGUUGGAGAGAGGAUUCAGCUUACUUAUUCGAAGGGAGACAGCUGUGGGAAAAACAAGAUGAUCAAAACUGUCAUAACCCUUGUGUGCAAACCAGGUGACCUAGAAAGUGCUCCUGUCUUUAACUUGGAGAGCGGCGAGUGUUUGUAUGUGUUUGAGUGGUAUACAGCUGCUGCCUGUGUCCUGUCUAAAACUGAAGGAGACAACUGCAGAGUCUCGGAUGCUCAGGCAGAGUUUUCUUUUGACUUGUCACCUUUAACCAAGAAAAGUGGCAGCUAUAUCGUUAACACAGCCGAUUAUGAUUUCUACAUAAAUAUUUGUGGCAGUGUGUCAGAGGAACUUUGUCAGCCAAAAUCAGCAGCAGCAUGUCAAGUAUCAAAAAACAAGGAACAUACCUGGAGUCUAGGAGAACCCAGUUCCAAACUUUCCUAUUACGAUGGAAUGAUUCAGUUGACCUACAAAAAUGGUACAACCUACAACAAUGAGAAGAAAACACAGCGAUCUACCCUUAUAACUUUCCUUUGUGAUUAUGAAGCUGGAAUAGGUCAGCCUGAAUACCAGGUAGAAGACAAUUACACAUACAACUUUAAAUGGUACACUAAAUAUGCCUGUCCAGAGAUGCCAUUGGAAUGUGUUGUGACUGAUCCCAACACCAUGGAACAGUAUGAUUUAUCAAGUUUAUCAAAAUCCGAAGACCGAGGAGAAAACUGGUAUGCCAUGGACAACUCUGAACCAAAUGAGCACAAGAAGUAUUACAUAAAUGUCUGCCGCCCUCUGGUUCCUGUUCCCGGGUGUGAUCGAUAUGCCUCAGGCUGUCAGAUGAAGUAUGAAAAAGAUCAUGAUUCCUUUUCUGAAACCACUUCCAUUAGUAACCUGGGGGUUGCUAGCAAAGGCCUAGUAAUUGAAGGACAUGGUCGAGUCCUCCUAACCUACACAAAUGGUUCUGUGUGCAUCAGUGCUGAUGGGAAGAGGACCUCCUAUACAACCAUAAUUCAUUUUACGUGCUCCAAAGGCACUCUUAGUAGCAGCCCCAGGUUUAUUGAUAAUCGAGAAUGUGUUGUCACCUUUCUGUGGGAAACGGAAGCUGCUUGUCCAGUCACAACAACAAAAGAUGAAACUCAGUCCUGCUCUGUGAGAGAUCCAAACAGUGGCUUUUUGUUCAACUUGCAACCACUAGCUUCAGAAAAAGGCUAUAUAACCAGUGGAAUUGGGAAGACAUUUAUGCUAAAUAUUUGUGGACCAGCACCGGAUUGUGGUACUAUUCACGGAAAACCAGCUGGUGGAUGUGAAGUAGAAGAUCUGAUAUCAGUGAGGAUAGUGGAAUUGGACAAAACCCUCUCUCUGUCCCCAGAAGGAUUUCUAACUCUUACCUACAGAGGCAAUUUUGAGGUAAAAUCAGGAGCAUCAGACACUUUUACAGUGACUUUCAUCUGUAAUGACUCAUACCCUGGAGAACUUAAAUUUGUGGAGGAAGAAAUAAACAGUGCACUGGGAAUUCAUAAUACGUUCUUUGAGUUUCAUACAGCCUUAGCCUGUGCCCCUGCUCCAGUAGACUGCCAGGUUACUGACUCAGCUGGCAAUGAAUAUGAUCUAAGUGACUUGAGCAAGGAGGGAGAGCCCUGGAUUGCUGUAGAUACUUCAAAAGAUGCAAAAACAAGAACUUUCUAUUUGAAUGUUUGCAAGCCUCUACCUUAUGUGCCCGGAUGCCCUGGUGGUGCAAUAGGAUCUUGUGUGAAAUCUGCUGAUAAAGGCCAGAACCUUGGUGUUAUUCAGAUAAGUCCUCAAGCUGCUACCGAUGGGUCUCUUAGUAUUACUUACUUGAAUGGUGACACAUGCAAAGAUAAACAGCGCUAUUCUACACGUAUCCUCUUUGAGUGUGAUCAAACCCUAGGGUCACCUGUGUUUCAGCAUGAGGAUGAUUGUGAAUUUGUGUUUAUAUGGAGAACCCUGGCAGCCUGUCCUGUCCACAAAGCAGAAGGAGAUAACUGUCAAGUUAAAGAUCCAAGGUACAGCUUUGUGUAUGAUCUGAGGCCUCUUUCUGGGAAGGAGAAGAAAGUGAGUACAGAUGAAUAUGACUACUAUUUCAGAGUCUGUGAGAGAAUAACGGAAGCAUGCCGUCAGCCAAAUCAUCAGAACAAUGUGUCGUCAUGCCAAGUAAAGAAGCAAGACCCGACUCUUAGAAAAGUAGCAGGUUUGUAUACUGAGAAGCUGACUUUUGAAAAUGGAUUAAUAAAAAUCAACUAUACCAGUGGAGAGAAAUGCCACAAAAUAUAUGAACGCUCAACUGCCAUAUUUUUUUAUUGUGAUCACAACACUCUGGAGCCAGUGUUUCUAAAAGAAACUCCCGAUUGCACCUACCUGUUUGAAUGGCACACCCCAUAUGCCUGUCCACCCUUCCGAUCUAUAGAAUGCUCCUACAAAGACAACAAAGGAAACUCAUUUGAUCUUUCACCUCUGACACGGCGUAGAGAAAACUGGGAAGCUAUUCCAAUGUCUGGCUCAACACAAAAAUACUAUAUUAAUGUCUGCCAGUCCUUAGUGCUACAUGCAGGUGCAGGGUCUUGUCCGUCAGAUGCGGCUGCCUGCUUAGUGGAUGGUUCCAAAUAUAUAAAUCUAGGUGAGGUUGCUGACGGACCACAAUGGGAAAAUGGCAUUUCUAUUCUAAAGUACAUAAAUGGGGAGCCAUGUCCAGACAAAAUUCGCAAGAGGACAACAAUAUUACGCCUCAAGUGUGAUGAAAGCAGAGUUGAGUCUAAGCCAGAAUUAGUAACUGCUAUUGAAGAAUGUGAAUAUACUUUCUUAUGGUUCACUGCUGCUGCAUGUCCUCUGAAAAGAAAUAUGCAAAAUGACUGCAGAGUAACCAACCCUGCUACAGGCCAUCUCUUUGACCUAAAUUCUUUAAAGAGAGAGUCUGGCUACACUAUCUAUGACAGCAAGAGAAGUAGAACACUUAAGUUAAGUGUUUGUAACGAAGCUAAAAGCCCAUGUGGUAGUGGGGUUGGUGCCUGCAUCAUUGGUGAUCAGAAGCCAAUUAAUGCUGGAAGACUGAGCAAAAUGUUGAUUUAUGAGGAUCAGCUGUUGAAACUUGUCUACUCUGGGGGAGAUCCCUGUCCUGCAAACUCUGAAUUGAAACACACAAGCUAUUUUAGCUUUGUGUGCAAGUCUGAUGCUGGAACUGGUAGCCAACCUGUGCUUUUGUCCUUUGAUGAGAGGACAUGCACCCAUUACUUUUCUUGGCAUACUUCUUUAGCUUGUGAGGCGGAGGUGAAAUGCUCCGUGAUGAAUGGCAGCUCAGUUAUUGACCUCUCCCCUCUGAUUCAUCGAACUGGUUAUUAUGAGGCAUUUGAUGAUGAUGAUUUAACUGACCUCACUCCAGAUUUCUAUAUUAACAUCUGUGAGCCUCUGAAUCCAAUCACAGAUGUCAACUGCCCACCUGGAGCGGCUGUCUGCAUGGUUCCUGUUAAUGGACCCCCCAUAGAUAUUGGUCACAUCACUGAACCUCCAAAAAUAAAUCCCGCUGUAAAUGAAGUUUAUAUCACUUUUAACAGUACAACUCCUUGUGAAGGAGACAAAAUGUUCAACUACAACUCUCUUAUUGUAUUCCACUGUAAAAGAGGAACAAAUCUGGGCAAGCCAAACAUGAUACGAAAAUCUGACUGCAGUUUCGUGUUCGAGUGGGGUACUCCUCUAGUGUGUCCGGAUAAAGUGGACAUGCUGGGCUGCUCUGUGACUGAUGAGCAGUUAAACUACACUUUUAACUUGUCCAGCCUUUCUGGACACUCAUAUAAGGUAUCUUCUGGAUCCAACAGUUACCAUGUUGGGGUGUGUGCUGAAGCAGAUGUGCCCCGGGGAAAAUGCAGAGAUGGGGCAGUGUGCCUGGUCUCUGAAAAUAGUGUCACUUCAUUUGGAACCCUAAAGGAAAUGAAAAUGGAUUACAGGCAUCAGGAUGAAACUGUCAUUCUGCAGUAUACCGGGGGUGAUCGGUGCCCUCCAGUGACUGAAAAAGGUGAGCUUUGCGUAUUCCCCUUCAAAUACAAAGGCCAGAGCUAUGAGGACUGUAUUGUGGACGAAGAAAAACGGCGAUGGUGUGCCACAACUAAGGACUAUGACAAAGAUGGAAAAGGGGGAUUUUGUGGAAAUGCAACUGGGAAUCGAGAAGCUACUAUUAUUUUCAAGUGCGAUGACAAUGCUGGGAAUGGGAACCCUCAGCUCCUGAGCGAGACACUUGGCUGUGCUGUGACCUUUGAAUGGAAAACACAGUUUCUUUGUCCUCCAAAGAAGAUGGAGUGCAAGUUCAUCCAAAAGCACAAAACCUAUGAUUUAAGAGUGCUCUCCUCACUGACAGGAUCAUGGCUUUUUAAUUACAACGGGAUUGCGUAUUACAUGAAUCUGUGUCGGAGAGUAAACAAUGGACCCACAGGCUGCCCUGAAAGAGCUGCUAUUUGCAGCAAAAGCCGAAAUGGAGAUGUUCGGGUUCUGGGAGUUGUACAUACGCAGAAGCUGGAUGUGACAGAUGAUAAAGUCCUUGUUAGUUACUCAGGUGGACAUGAAUGUAGAAAAAACAAGAAAGCAACAACUAUUAUAGAACUGAAAUGUGCAAAAACAGUUGGUGAGCCCAUGCUACAUAGGAUUGAUGAAGAAAACUGUACAUACUACAUCACAUGGGGAACUCGAGCAGCUUGUGCUGUGAAGCAGCAAGAAGUGGAGAUAGUGAAUGGGAUGGUUAUUAAUCCUACAACGGGGAACAAUUUCAGCCUGGGUGACCUUUAUUACACAUUAUACACCGCAUCUGGUGAUAUACGGACAAAUGGUGACAAAUACGUGUAUAAAAUCCAACUUUCUGGUAUAACAGACUCUGCACACCCACAGUGCUCUGGAGCCAACGUAUGCCAGAUUAAAACUACAAGUACCUAUGUUAGGAAAGUUGGCUCUUCUGCUAAAGCUAAAUAUUAUGUUCAAGAUGAUGACUUGGAUGUUAUGUUUUCAUCUGGUUCAGCCUGUGGUAAAGAUAAAUCAAAGUUCGCCUCUUCAACGAUUUUAUUCCACUGCAGUUUACAAGCAAAGGAAGGCAUCCCAGAAUUCCUUCAUGAGACCGCGGACUGCCAAUACUUGUUUACCUGGUACACAUCUGCAGUCUGUCCAUUAGGAAGUUCUGAGAGCAAAGAGGGCCAGGGAGUGCAAAUUUUCAAAGGCCUUUCGGGAAGAAGCCAAGCUGUUGGGGCUGUGCUGAGUGUCCUCCUGGUUGUUCUCACAGCGUGUCUGUUGAUCUUGUUGCUUUACAAAAAAGAGAGGAGAGAAACUGUGAUACACAAGAUAACCAACUGCUGCAGAAGAACAUCAAACGUUUCCUAUAAAUAUACAAAGAUAAACACUGAAGAAGAAGCUAACGAGAAUGAAACGGAGUGGCUUAUGGAGGAAAUUGCAGCACCAAAUCAGAGACCAGGAAAAGGAGGACAAGAAAAUGGUCACAUCACUACCACAUCUGUUAAAUCAGAAGCCUUGACAUCUCUCCACGUGGAUGACCUGGACAGUGAGGAUGAAGUUCUAACUAUUCCAGAUGUGAAGAUUCAGUCAACUAGAGGGGUGCAAUCCAGAGGCUCAGACCAGAACAGACACCAGCAAAAGCAGCCAUUUAGCCUUGGAAGUGAUGCCAAGACCAACUUGCUGAAUGGAGGGAAGGAAAGGAAAGCAAAACCUAACCCAGGCCAACGGAAGACACAGAAUUCUACGAAUACCCUAUCGUUCCACGAUGAUAGCGAUGAGGACUUGUUGAAUGUUUAAAUAGCCCCUCUUGUGCCUAAUUAAAUAAAUAUAGAUAUAUAUAUAGUGGGACAACAAAACACUUCCAACCAAAUAUGAAGACUUUAGCCUGAGAUUUCUUCUGAAUUUUGCCUUUAACAAGAAAACAUUCAAAAGGGAAGGGAAAAAAAAGAUCAAUCCUGGUUGUUUACAAUGAUCUGUUCAGUAAUGACUGGACUUCCAGCAUCCAGUUGGCUGAGUCAUGUUGGUGUUCGUUUUCUCUUUCUCUCUUCUUUUUCCCCCUCUCCCCAGGAUCUUCUCUUUUUAAACCUUCAGCACAGGCACGACAUGUUACAAAAUUGUUUCAAAGUACAGGAUUAAAUCUGAAUUUUUCCCGUCACUUGAGAUUCAAGAUAUUUGACUGCUAGCAUUUUAAUUCUCUCCUUGUAUUUAUUGACUCUCACUACUCAGGUUUGCUGAAUAAAAGCAACGUGUUCUUCCUGCCGGCAGGGUAUUAUUCUAUAGAUUCACCCAUCAUAUGAGAAGGAAAAUAAAAGUAACUUUUUGUUUGGGGUGGUUUGAUGUAAAUGUUGGAACUGGUCUAAUUUAUCCUGUAAAUUUGAAUAUUCCAUUCUAAUUUAAACACUUAAUUGAUUGAAAACCAUUUACCGAGAGGUACAACUCUGUUAGCUUUAGUCUGAAAUGGUGGUUGGUCUUUGCAUGAUAUUUUUGGUACUGGUCACAUGACAUAUUUCAUCGGUAUUUACUUAAACAGCUGACAGGCACCCAAAUAUUUCCCUUGAGUGCAGAUGGGACUAGAAUUUGUGCAUGCCCAGACAUAACUGGAUUGUUCAAGGUCAUGGGUGCAGAAUUCCUAGAAUGCCAUAUUCACAGCUCUGUCAUCUUAAAAAGCCCAAGACCUAGAGAAGCCUUAAUUUGCAAAACAGGUAUCGUUUUUGGUACUAACUGCAUAAAAUAUGGUGGGUCAAUGGUCACUGAAUUAGUGUUGCCAGAACUUAAUGGAGGUGGUGUCAGUCUUCCUGUAGCAGUCUACUCCUCUCAGUGUUUUCUGAAUUAUCUUAUGGGCGAUAAUAUGGUUUCAUAUACAUGUACGGGUGUGUGUUGGUCAGAAUUUUUGAAACUCUUCCUUGUACCUUUUUGGUUCGCUUAUUUGGUUUCAACACUGGUUUCUUCAUUUUAUAAAACGUUUUCCAUUUUGAAUCAAAUUUAGUGUAAUAUAAACUAUUCAGCAAUUUCAAUAAAAUAAAUGAAAUGGAUGUUUCAAAUGAUUCCCAUAUGUAUUAAAAUAAGAGCUGAAAUUUU